AUGAGCGCGACGGACUGCUCUCCAGGCUUAACGCUGGCAACCCCCCGUGUCUCAUCCAGAUAUGCUAGUUCUCAGUCUCCGAGUCAGGAGGACUUUACUCCUCUCCCUUCAAUCAGUGAGCGCUUGGCCUUUCUCCGUCCCUCCCGGGAGCUGCUGGAAUACUACCGCAAGAAGGUCGCUGACUUUGACGAGGAACAUGAGGAUUUGGUAAAAAGGCUGGAGAGAUACAAAGAAACGUAUGAUGAGCAGCACAAAUUGCAAUGGGAAGUACGUCAGCGAGAAGAGGAGAUUGCGGAGUUGCAAAAGGCUUUGAGUGAUAUGCAAGUCUACCUCUUCCAGGAGAGGGAACACGUCCUUCGUCUUUACUCAGAGAAUGACCGGCUGAAAAUCAGGGAACUGGAGGAUAGAAAAAAAAUUCAACAUCUUCUGGCUUUAGUGGGAACAGACAAAGGGGAAAUUACAUAUUUUCACAAGGAGCCUCCACAUAAGGUUACUGUUCUGCAAAGACCAGCUAAAUCCAGAGAGUCACAUGAACGAAAUGAUACUUCUAGAACAGGCACCAAGAGGAGCACUUCAAAACCAGCAGCAAAAGGAGAGAAACCAGAAAGUCCUGAGAGAUACCAGAGAGAUAAUCAGACACUUCUACUUCAGGUGGAGGCCCUGCAAGCUCAGAUAGAAGAACAGACAAAAUUAUCCAAGGAACAGGUUGAGGCACUACUAGAGGACAGGCGGAUUCACAUGGAGGAAGCCCAGGUCCAGCAUCAGCGGGACCAGGACAAGAUCAAAACUAUAACAGAUAAACUCCGUAAGACCCAAAAUCUCUUAUAUGAGAGUACCCGUGACUUUCUCCAGCUCAAGUUUGAUGCCCGAGCCAAUGAGAAAGCAUGGAUGGCAGAGAAGGACAGUCUGUUGAGGAAACUUGACAAAGAUCUGGACCAGCUUAUUAUCAGCAGGGAGCCAGGAAGAGAGAAGCAGCAGAGAGAUACCAGGAAGAUGCUUCGAGCAGAUGAUGGAGCUUGGAAACUCCACAGCAGAGAAAUAAAGUCACUGCAAGAACAGCUAGUGCAGGAACAGCGCCUAUCAAACAUGUAUAGAGAGCAGUGUGUCACCCUGGAAGGUGAGCUGGCUAGGAUUCGUGAGGAGGGAGAUGUUGGCAGAGAACUCUUUAAGGAACGCUCAGAAAAGAUGAGGAAGCGCCUGAAGCUGAUGACGCAGCGAUAUGAGGCCUUGGAAAAACGUCGUAAUAUGGAAGUGGAAGGCUUCAAGAAUGACAUUAAACAGCUUCAGCAGAAGCUGAAAGAUGUAGAGAAGCAGCUUUUUAAGGUGACUCUGAAUAUUGGACCAGACCAGGAUCUUGCAAUUCUACAUGAGGUCCGCCAAGGAAACAGACUAACCCGUAAAAUUCAAGGAGAACUAAAAAACUUAAAAGCAAAAAUCUAUGGCUUAGAGAAUGAACUACGGGUCUGCUGAAGCUGAGGUAUUAGCUGGCAUCCUAGUUUUAGGAAUGGGACAUUGCUAGGCUGGAAUAGUCAUAUGUGAGAGCAGCUCCUGCCUGUCUGUUACCUGGCAUCCAGUGACAGAAGGCUUGAGGAAAUCUGCAGUUAAUGUCAUAACAUUGUACAUGAGCCAUUCCUAAUGUGCCAGAUUAUAUUGCUGUUUCAGCUGAGAGAUGGCACCUGAUAAGACUGACAUAGAAAGCGCACGAUGACUGAUAUAUCAGGAAUAUGCUUAUGACUUUAUCUUACCUUCAUAUCUGCGGUAGGGGUCAGUGUAUACUGGCCUUCACCUUUAUUUGGAGCAUAUUAUAAACCACAUAUAUGUGGUUAUAAUGAAAUUAAUAAUCAUGGAAUGAUCUCGUUCAAGAUCAGAAUUGCUUGACUGACCUUUUUUAUGUGAGAAGCAGCUUUUGAAAUGGUUUAAAUGAUUACUGUUUUGGUGCUUAGGCACUUCAGGAUGUAACUGGAAAUUUUCUCUGAAGAAGACCACAUAUAGAAAGUACGUACUAAAGUGUAUUACAUCUGACUCUCCCCUUGACAGCAUAACUAUUUUAAAAUGGCUUCCCUUUGCUUGGGACAAACCUGACUGAUUUAAUGUGGUGGAAAAAGAUAACCUGUUAUAGAACUCAUCUGCAGGAACCAGCAACAUCUACACUUGUUCUGAAUGUUUCGGGGGGAGGGAAACACUACACUAUCGAGUGUCAUCUUCUCGUCCCCUCCCUCCCAGUUUAUCUUAACACACAGAGGAAGCCCAUAAUAAAAAAAAUCUAGUAUCUUCCUUAACCACCAUAUUAUCUAUCUUUGUAGCUUUAAACAAUAUCAUGGUUAUGUACCAAUAAAUCAUGGUCAACUUUUGCUACAGCGGUGGUUGCUACUGAAUUGUAACUGAGAUUGGGGUGGAAGAGCAGGUGCCUAGUUGCUGCAUGGUAAACGUAACUCUAGCUAUAUGAUGAUUAUCUUCAUACCAGACGUCAGGACAUCGCCAUUCUAGAAAACAGA